UGGCGCUGAUGGUCUCUGGUUUGAACUGUUUUCUCAUUAAUGGGGAAACUUCAACCACACCUCAGUGCUCUGGGAAACAGAGUCAUUUCCACCGACAGCUCUCCCGCACAAGAGUUGCUUCACUCCAGCCGCUCACUGGGGCUCUCGUUUACCUCUAAGACUCAUCUGUAACAGCUCUGCCUCAUAUAAACCCCACAGUCCUACAGAAUCAACUGGAAAUCAGGGCCCCAGAAUAACUGAGGGAAUAAGGAGUCUUGUAUAUGUACUUAAAGCAAAGACAUCAAAAAGGAUUCUGUUAGUGAUCAGGACAGAGCUUCUUGGACGAGCCACGGCUUAUAUCGCUGGGUGUUGAGGAUUAGAUUCUCUCUCUAUCUUGUCUCUAAACGGCCUGCAGGGUGGCGAGAGAGAGGGGGGAACCCAACCGGUGCAUGCCGGAGAUGAGUGCGUUCUGGCAUAAGAUCGGCUGCUGCGUGGUAGCCAAACCUCCUCCGAAGAAGAAACGGAGGAGAAUUGACCGUAGCAUGAUCGGAGAGCCCACAAACUUCAUUCAUCUGACACACAUAGGCUCUGGUGAAAUGGCAGAUGGCAUGCAGCCGUCUGGCCCAAUGCAGGAACAAAUGAGAUCCAAAGUGCCUCACGCUAAUGGACGAAACAGCUUAUUAUAGCCUCUUUACCUGCUUUUUUGUUUUUUACCCGAAGCCCCGUAGAGUGUCCUCGGCAGAACCUGUGCAGCUAGCAGCACUGCACCAAUGAGGAGGAGAUAAAGAGCAGAUCCUGAUCACCAAAACGACAACCUCCUUGCUGCAGCUACCAACAUGGAUGCCACCUCUGCAGGUUUCUUAUGUUUUGGAUCCUCUGGAAUGUCUCAGAGGAGACUUUUAACCCCCCCACUCUAAGACUGUUAUUAAAUUUGGACCGGAUUGUAUGAGAACGCCUGACAAAGAGUGUGAAUGUGUGCCGUGUGCAUUUGAGACACUGGCUGUGCUUGCUGUGGAAGAGGAAAGGCUCUUAUCGCUUUAACACAGGGGACUAUUUGACUGCCUUCCCAAAGUUAUAACUGGCAUGUUUGUCACAGUCUGUCAUUGAUAAGGAUGUGCGCAAGUGUGUGUUUGCUUUUGUUUUGUAAUGGAAAUGUAUGUGCACCAAUACCAUUAUAGUGUCUCCAACUGCUUGCAUUAGCAGUUGCACAAAUUAGUGCAUUAUACAAAGCAAUCCGGUAUGUGUAUAGAAGAUGAAUAUGGUAUGAAAAUAUGGCUUUUUUUAUUUCCACAUGUCUGAUAUUGCAUUAACAAAUAAUGGCCUUUAUAACUAUAAAGGAAUAGUUUAAAAAAUACUCAUUUAUUCACCUUCAAGUCAUUCCAAACCCAUAUGUUUAUUUUAUCUGUGGGAAAAAAAUUAUACAUUUUCAUACAGUGAUUUUCAGUACAACAUCAAUGCGGACUGACGUAAUGUUUAAGCUGUAAAAUAAAAAUAUCGAAAAGUGGCCCAUAUUCCAAGUUUUCUGAAGUUUUCCAUUUGCUUUAUGUGAGGAACAGACCAAAUGUGUCAUUAUUCAUUGAUUAGCAUCCCCUCAAAUGAACACUCUAACUUGAGAAUUACAUGCUACAGGAACAUUGAGUCGAUAAUUUGGGAAGCGAUCAUAGGGCUUCAGGUGACUUGGAAUAUAAAAUGACUUUUGUGGACCAUAUUUUGUGCUUAUUUUAAUUUUUUGGGGUGGGGGAGCAACUAACAGGCACUGACUUGUUGUUGUAUUGAAAAAAAACUGCAUGAAAAUUCUUCUAAAAUUCUCCACUGUAAAAAAAAAAAAACUGC